AUGAAUAACGUUCCAGCCAGUGCUACAGCAACGACCACAGAAGGUAGAUUCUUUAUUAGCACCGCUAUGCGAUCUUCUCUUCGGUGCCUUGGGGAGAAUAUUCGACGGAGCAUAGUUCAUUCAAAUAAUGGUCAAUCUAUAGGAAAAACUGUCUACCUGACUCAUGUAAAGUGGGUUACUGGGAAAGCGCUUCAUUUGGAAGAUAACGACUGUAUAAUUGCCGCCGCUAGCGUUUUGUUUUCAGAUCAACUACAGGAUUACUUUAGUCGAUAUGGACAUGUGCGCAGUGUGAAUAUGUUCUUUGACGCGGAAACGGGUUUGCAUCGCGGUUUUGCCUCUGUUACAUUCGAACAUCCUGAAAGUGCUACGAAGGCAAUGCAACAACGGCCACAUGUUAUAGACGGCGACAGGAUCGAUUUGGAGCCAUACAUUCCAAUGUUGUCGAAGAAGAAGGACGUAAUGUUGUAG